AUGACCAAGGUUGUCGACACGAAGGUCGUUUUUGAGCGUACAGAAUCGUUACACUUCUGUGGAGAGGGGACUGGACAAGGAUGGCCAGCCACGGGCAGAGAGGAGAAAACAAGCCAAGAGGGGCGCUGCCGUCCGUCCAGGCUGCUGGCAGCAUCGCAGCUGAAGCCUGAGCAAGGGAAGCUCGAGAAGCCGGUGAAGCCCGAGAAGGCCUCUCUUCCAGGCUGCCUGGCUUCGCGCGAGGCAUUGCUGAAGCAGCGCCUGGCAUUCUUUGCAGAUGCGCAAGGCCGGCACCGUGCACUGAAUCUCGCCUCUGCCACGUUGCAGGUGUGGAAACAAAAUGUCGCCAGCAGGCGUCUUCUGGCGGCUCAGAGUGAUGCAGCAUUCUACAAGAAACGUCUCCAAGAAAAAUGCGCCAGCGCCUGCCAGCAGGCAGCUGCGCGGCGUUGGGCUUUCGAGGCCGGAGCCUUGGCUGCUGCUUCUCGCACUGCACUCCAGUGCCGAUGUCUGCAAGCUUGGCGGUCUCUAGCCCGAGCACGAUUCCGCGACGUGUCUGCAGAGGAGUACAGCUCGCUGCUCACGGCGCAUCUUGAACAUAACGAGCGCUGCCUGCGAGUUCUCGAGGCUUGGGCUGUGGGUUUGGAGGCAUCUCUUGUUCGAGUAUGCUUCAACGCUUGGUCAAAGCAGAAAGCGCAUCGGUCAGCCGCAAGCGCAGCUUUUGCGUUCGAGCGGCGUCGAAAGCGAACAUGUCUUAUUGGGGUUCUGCGGAGUUGGGCUCGGCUAAGGCGGAGCGAGCGUGGCAGUGCACUACAGGAGGCCAGCGCAAAAGCCCGGCGCCAGGCCGUUGCGAUUCUUCGAUUCUGGAAGUUGCAGGUCGAGAUCGCCAGGCGCAGAGCAGCGCAGGCCGCGGAGUGCCGGGCUGCCAUUCUUUCAUGCCGAGGUCGAAUGCUCACGAAACUCUGUAUCAUGGCCUGGCGGCUGUUUCAGAGUGCGCGGCAGAUGCGCAGGGAGACAGAG